GUGGUUUUCCUUUGGGCAGUUUGGCUUCCCUGAGACCUUGAAUCCCCUGGAGUAUGAAGGUCAAAGUGAUUUCAAUUUUAGAAGAUAAUUACAUGUACCUGAUCAUUGAAGAAACCACGCGAGAGGCCAUAGCGGUGGAUGCAGCGGUUUCCAAGCGGGGAUCAUGCGAGAGACAAUGAAGAACUGGCCAAACUUUAUCCUGGCCUGGAGAUAUAUGGUGGGGACGAACGGGUGGGAGCUCUGACACACCGCGUGACUCAUGAGGAAGAAUUAAAGUUUGGCAGUAUCAACGUACGGUGCCUUCUCACUCCAGGCCACACCGCGGGGCACGUCUGCUACUUCGUGUGGGAAAACGAUUCCCUGAAUGCUCCUGCAGCUUUCACAGGGGACACCUUAUUUGUCGGUGGUUGUGGGAAACUCCUGGAAUGCACAGCUGAGCAGCUGCAUAAGAGCCUGGCGGAGGUCUUGGCCGGGCUGCCAAAGGAGACGAAAAUCUUCUGUGGACACGAGUACACAAUCCAGAAUUUGAAGUUUGCCUCAAAGGUGGAACCCGAGAAUGAAUUUGUGAAAGAAAAGCUCAUUUGGGCUAAACUCCGAGAAGAUGAAGACCUUCCAACAGUGCCUUCUACUUUGGCCGAGGAGUUUCUCUACAACCCGUUCCUUCGCAUCUUGGAAGAGCCGGUCCAGAAGUUCACGGGAAAGUCGGAACCUGUUGAAGCCUUCACGGCUCUGUGCAAGGCCAAAGAGAGCUUCCGGAAGCCCAAAGAGCGGCUGAAUCCUCAGGCCAUGUUGGCGUUCGAGUGGGGGCUCUUCGACCCACUCCUGCAGAAGUGAACCCCUCCCUGCCAUGAUGGGGAUACAGCUGCAGCAAAUACAUCUGGAUUUUACAGCCCCUUUCCAGCAGCGUCUAAUGGGGCAGAAGGUUUGCCGAGGUGAAGUUGCCUUCUUCCAUUUCACCAAGGAGGGAAAUGGCCUCCUUUCCUUCUGAUUCUUAAUUAUCUUGCUGUAAAUAUGGUGACAAGUAUCGAAGUAAAUUCCUUACUUCUGUGAAGGCAGGCACGAUGGAGCUAUGCAAAAUGGAGGAAAAUAUAGUUGCCUGCCUCAAAAUUUACCAUGAAUUUAAUGACAACUAUUUGUGCAUCUUUUAAUUAAAAAAACGUUUAAAAAAAUAAAAUUGUUUUGUUGGGA